GGGGGGUGGAGGUAUCCAGAGAGUUACAUUGACCCUGCUGGGUGGGUGGAGGUAUGUAGAGAGUUACAUGGACCCUGCUGGGGGGGUGGAGGUAUCCAGAGAGUUACAUGGACCCUGCUGGGGGGGUGGAGGUAUCCAGAGAGUUACAUGGACCCUGCUGGGGGGGUGGAGGUAUGUAGAGAGUUACAUGGACCCUGCUGGGUGGAGGUAUCCAGAGAGUUACAUGGACCCUGCUGGGGGGGUGGAGGUAUCCAGAGAGUUACAUGGACCCUGCUGGGGGAGUGGAGGUAUCCAGAGAGUUACAUGGACCCUGCUGAGUGGGUGGAGGUAUCCAGAGAGUUACAUGGACCCUGCUGGGUGGGUGGAGGUAUCCAGAGAGUUACAUGGACCCUGCUGGGGGGGUGGAGGUAUGUAGAGAGUUACAUGGACCCUGCUGGGUGGAGGUAUCCAGAGAGUUACAUGGACCCUGCUGGGUGGGUGGAGGUAUCCAGAGAGUUACAUGGACCCUGCUGGGUGGGUGGAGGUAUCCAGAGAGUUACAUGGACCCUGCUGGGUGGGUGGAGGUAUCCAGAGAGUUACAUGGACCCUGCUGGGGGGGUGGAGGUAUCCAGAGAGUUACAUGGACCCUGCUGGGGGGGUGGAGGUAUCCAGAGAGUUACAUGGACCCUGCUGGGUGGGUGGAGGUAUCCAGAGAGUUACAUGGACCCUGCUGGGGGGGUGGAGGUAUGUAGAGAGUUACAUGGACCCUGGUGGGUGGAGGUAUCCAGAGAGUUACAUGGACCCUGCUGGGGGGGUGGAGGUAUCCAGAGAGUUACAUGGACCCUGCUGGGGGGGUGGAGGUAUCCAGAGAGUUACAUGGACCCUGCUGGGGGGGUGGAGGUAUCCAGAGAGUUACAUGGACCCUCGUGGGUGGGUGACAGGAACAUGGUUAUGUGUAUAAUUAUGUGUACUCAACAUCAGAUGAUGUCAUAAUUAUGUGUACUCAACAUCAGAUGA